AUGAAUACCUCAAAAAGCUAAUUCUUCGAUCCAUAGAGUGUAGAUGCCUCAAAAUCUUCAAAUGCCUCUGAAUGGUUUAGAUAUCUUUUAUCUAAGGUAUCACUUUACUAUUUCACUCCAAAUUUAUAGGAAAACUUAGCAGCAUUUAGGAUUUAAUGCUACUGGAGAGAAAGAAGAGCCAGAAAACUCUACCUUAUUAAUAAAAGAAGAAGAGCUUACGAAAUCAAAGUAUAUGUGACUUCUUUGAAUAUUGAUAUUGAGACUUAAACUGACUAGGAGAGAAUAAAGUACAUUCUCGAUGCAAUGAAACUCAAAUAUAAAUGGCUUGAUUUAAACGACCCUAAAAUAGCUAAUCAAGAGACUAUCAAUGAGAUCAAAGGUUAUGGGGGAUCUAAUAAUCUCCCAAUAAUUGUCAUCAAUGGUAAUUUCAUAGGUGGAAUGCAAGAAUUAUAAGAAUUAGUGGACGAGAGAUAUUUGACCAGUAUUCUUGAGAGAUAAUAUGAGGAUCAGUGCUUAUAAUGCUAAGUGACUAGAGAGACUUUAGAGGAUAAUAUUUGUAAAUUUUGCUGGAAGAAAUACAACUUUUUCGUCAAGAAAUUUGAUGAUAGCCUGCAUGACUUAUUCUCAUUUGGAGGUUAGGACUUAAAUACAAAACAGCCAAGCGCUUUGAAAAGAAACAAAUCAAUUGAAAGCACAAGUAAAACAAAAGCUUAAAAAAAUUAGAUUAAUAAAUAAAUUCUGAGAAGCUAGUAAAAAGAAGACAAUAAGAGGAGUAGUUCACAAGACUAAGAAAUUAUAAGGUCUACUGAUAAGCUCAAGAAAUUUCCAUCGCAAAUGAAUUGA